AUGGUUCAGCGUAGAGACACCAGGCCGAACCAGAACAAAGAUGGUUUGUCCCUGGAUCUCUAUUUCUGUCGUGGACUAACAGCUUCCAGGUUCAGCGGUCUGACAGCUGCACCUCCAGUUCUCCUGGCCCAUGGACUUGACUCCAGCCCAGGCUUCAAAAGGAGGCCUGCUGCCUCCUCUUCUCCAGGAGAAGCUGGAGAGGCUGCCAGGAGUCCUCCUUCCUGCUCGCCCUCCCUGUCUCUGUCAUCUCCUUCGUCUGAGCCGUCCUCGCCGCUGUCUACGUCCUCCUCUGUCUGCGCCAACUCAUCGGGUUAUCAGAACCAUGUGAAGAGUCAGACCCCGACGGAGGUGGCCAGGGUCUCCUCCACUUCUGCCUCUUCAACUGCACCUACAUCCAACACCACCUCCUCAGACUGCUUACCGCACACUUCCAUGCAGCCCAGCGUUGACUGUGAAGACGUGGAUCAGAACAGGGAAAUGUACGAUCCUUUCAACCCGACCGAUGGAGACAGAGAGGGACGGGUGAAGGGAGACGAGGGGGACGGGGAGAAAUAUGACCCUUUUGACCCCACUGGUUCCCCCGCUUCAGACAUGGACGGUGGGAGUGGAAACAUCAGGAUGGUGAGAAGAAACAGUGACAGGGAGGAUGAGGACAAGGAGGAAGAACCUCCAGAUUCCACAGACACGCUGACGGAGGCCUGCCUGCCCACCCAGCUCCCUCUGAGGAGGAGGGUGGACUGUAGCUCCGCCAAAGCUGGAGGCCGGAGUCCAAACUCUGACCUCUCUGAGAUCGAGGAGGGUGAGAUAGUUGGAGCAGCUGACAGAGAUGGAAACAAUAAGAGGUCUGCUGAGGAAGUCCUCCCUCAACUCCCCAGCGUCUCCUUCUUCGGUUCAAAACCAGAGCGUAUCCUCCGGGUGCUGGACGAGGACGGCUUCGUGUCCGUGUGCACGGAGGGAAACUGGGGUGGACGGGAGUUAGAGGAGGAGCCGGUGGUAGGAGUGGAGGAUCUGAGGAGGAAGCUGGUCAGCAGAAGGAAGGAAAGAUAUCUGUCCUUUCCUGCUUCUUCUCCUCUCUCCUCAGCGCCACCUCCUUCCUCCCAUCCUCCAGCCUCCGCCUCCUCCUCCCCUCCCACAUCUUCAGCAGGGCAGGUCAGCAAGAGCCACAAGUCCUCCAAGAUUUCCAAGGUGUGCCGACAGAAAAGCAAAGAUAGGAAGGCAGGUGAAAAGGAGGUGAAGAAAAAGAAAAGGAAGGGCAAAGAGGGGACUCACGAGAGGAGCAAGGACAAGGAGCGAGGACACAAGGCUGGGAAGGAGGUGAAAGGAAGGAAGAGCAGCAGGAGCAGCAGCCGGAAGAGAAAGAAAAGACAACACAGCAGUCCAGAGGCAUCACGAUCCUACAACUCCUCAGGACAAGGCCACACCAGACGCUCCUUCUCUAGCCUGUCGGAAGAACACCGAGAGAGGGACAGAGACAGAGACAGAGACAGGGACAGAAUCAGAGACAGAGGCAGAGGCAGAGGCAGAGACAGAAACAGAAACCGCACCAGUAGCCUUAGAACAGACGACCGAGACAGAGAUUCCAGCUCUAGGAAGAGGGAGAGGGAGAGGAAGGAAAGACAUCAUUCUAGCAGCAGAGAGCGAGGCUUUUCAAAGAGGUCCAGAGGAAGCCGGGACAAGAGGGACACUGAGCGAGACCGGCAGCACGAGAGGGACCGGAGACGGGACGGACGGCCCGUCGUCCCUCCAUCCAUCCAGGACCUCAACGGGUCCGACCUCUUUGCCAUUAAGCGAACCAUCACGGUCACCACCACCACCACCACCACCACUGUCCCCGGCUCCCCCAGACUGGCCCCGGCCUCCCCGGAGCCCACCGAGGACUCUGACAAGCCUCACAAGAGGAAGAAGAAGAGGAAAUGGCACUGCCGGGAGGUGGAGGACCGGGAAAGUUGUCGCAGCCGAUCGCAGUCACUGUCGCCGCCGAGGUAUCACAGCUAUGAAUCGGACCGCUACUCGGACAAACUAGAGAUCGAUGUGUUGUCUUUGGACGGUGAGGCUUUGGACUCAGACUACCCGUCUCUGGAGGACACGCCUCCUGCUGCUCAGCCUCCAGGACCUCCUGUCGUCAGCCCCAAAACUAAAACCACGGCCAAGACUGGACAACAUCACCCCAAAAAAAAGUCCUGCACGUUAAAGAAACUUGACCAGUCUGAGUCCUCGUCCUCUUCCAACAGAACCAAAAGCAAAUGUCUGUCCUCCCUGACGGUCAGCUCCGGCUCGGCCUCUGUCCCAGCGGGCCUCCCAUCAGCCAAGAGAGCCCGAAAGAUGGGAAAGGACAAAGAGCGGGACAAAGGCAGCAGGAAGGACUUGAGUCGUUCUGGCAAAUCCAAGAAGGAGAGUGGAGGCGGUCGGAAAGGUAAGCUUCAGUCCAAAGUGUCGGUGCUGGUCCGUGAAGGUGUGAGCAGCACCACGGGCGCUUCGGUUGGCUCUGGGAAGCUGGGUAUGGACCUGCUGGGUCCAGGAGGAACAGGAGGUGGUGCCGGGGGCUCCGUGGUGGGUGGAUCUAUUGCAGUGGUGUUCUGCAGGGACAAUGAGAGCAGAUCUCCGUUCCUCAAACCCUGUUCAGAGCCGCUGUCACUGAGCGGCCGCAGCAAAGACCUGGCCGGCAUCGGAAAACGAAGCAGCAUGUCUGUACCGUCGUUGUCCUUAGCCGGUCCUGCAGGCCUGAAAUCCAAGAAAACCAAACCCAGCUCUAUCACAUCUACCUCCUCCUCUGCCUCCUCUCCCUCGUCUUCUCUGGCGACCAAACGCCGCCGUCGCCUGGCCAAGAAGACGAGAGAAAAAGGAGGCGCUGCGGCUGGAGACUCCACCCAGAUGAAGGCCAGGUCUGAAGGCUGGAGUGGAGCCUCCUUAGAUGUUCAGUCAGCCGGUGGAGAUGGAGCGAAAUCAGUCAGUCCCAAUACUGGUCAAGCCGGUCCUGCACCCUGUUCCUCCUCCUCAUCCUCCUCCACCUCCUCCUCCACCAGUGUGCUGCCUCCUUCCUCCUCUCCACCACACACUCCUCCUCCAUCUGCUGCUCCUCUGCGGGACAUGAGGGAGUCUUCUCCAGACUCUCAGACAGUAGACAGCAGCUGUAAGACUCCAGACCCUUCGUUUCUGGCUGAGGACUGUCCGAACCAGACCAGUCCCCCCCUCCCAGCGUCCAGUCCAUCCAGCCUGUCCACGCCUCAGGGUGCCGGACUCAACGCCUUGUCCACUCCCACUGCCAAACACUCGCCUCCAGAUGAUGCUCCGAAGUCUCUGGCCUCUCCUCCCAGCUCGUCCUCGUCUGCAGGCUGUGGUCUCACUUCUCUGUCUAUGCCCAUGUCUUCAUCUGACCCUUCCUCCUCCUCCUCGGUUUCCUCCUCAUCUGCCAAUAAGCCUCCUCCUCCCCCUCCUCCUCCAGCAGCUCCUUCCCUCCCCUGGAGUCUGCAGACCGGAGUCGACUGCACAACGGGAGGCGUCUUGGCUCUGACUGCUCUGCUCUUCAAAAUGGAAGAAGCGAACAUCGCUAGCAGAGCCAAAGCACAGGAGUUCAUCCAAGCUACCAGCCAGAUUCUGUCCCAGGCCAACCAGAACCAGACCCAGCAGCAUGCUCCUCCUUCCUCAGCCUCCUCUUCCUCACAGAUCCCCCCCACUCAGCCUCCGCCUCCUGCUCUGAGCCCGGCCCAGUUCAUCCUCCACGGCUCCCUCCCAUUGGUCGGCUGCACCAAAACCCCCCCGUCUCACCUGCACCCCUCCAUAGCCGGUGGUUGUGCCCAGACUCCCCCUCUGAUGCCGGUGGGGCUGUCAGGAGUCACUGGGAGCUCUGGAGACACCAGCUGGGACACGGAGAGCAAAGACCCUGAUAAGUACCUGAAGAAGCUGCACACACAGGAGCGAGCUGUAGAGGAGGUGAAGCUGGCCAUCAAACCUUACUAUCAGCGCAAAGACAUCAACAAGGACGAGUACAAAGACAUCCUCAGGAAAGCUGUACACAAGAUUUGCCACAGCCGAACCGGAGAAAUCAACCCCGUCAAAGUCAGCAACUUGGUGAAGCUGUACGUUCAGCGCUACAAAUACUUCCGGAAACACGGACGGAAGAUGGAUGAAGAGGAGAGGGAUGACAAGGACCCAGGAGCGCUGCAUUCCUCUGCCUGAUCGGAGACUUUUUAUAAAUGUUCUGCCCUCCUCUCAACAUCUGGGCUUCAUUUUUUUUUUCAUAUUUCAUAGCCCACCUUGUCUAAACUUUGUCAUUUUAUGGAAGUCUCUCCUCAAAUUUCUGCAGUCUCACUGUAAAUAUGUCUGACAUAGAAACGUCAUCAUGAAGGUUCCACCAGAAAGCAGUCAGUAUUCAACCCUGCAAUAAAUAUUCAGUUUGUGAAGCUUAUAGUUUUAGAUUUGUUCACUGUAUCCAUUAGAGGUUUCGCAGUCGUGGUACUAAUUACAGGGCUAUUUUUAAUAGCAUUGAAUUAGCUGUUCAUGCUAGUCUGUCUCCACCAGACCAUUUCUAUCAGAAUCCGAGCCGAUGUUGGAUCCUGAAGACGCUCCAGACACUACAGCAUCCCAAACUUCUCUGUGAGACUCUGCAGACAGUAUGCAAGCUGGAACUGAUGGUUCAAACACUCCUCAGUUCUUCAUUCUGCUCUCUAUGUAAUGUAUGCAUGUGUUACUGAGGCUGAGAAAAUUACUAAAUCUCUUUAUAAAAUGACCAACAAAAUAUAAAUGUUGCUUGAAAACCAAAA